AUGAAAGCUUCCUGCUACUUGUUUAUCAUUCUGGGCCUGAUGCUCCACCUGGCCCUGUCGAGCGGCAGCGGCAGCACCACCGAAGGAGCACAGACCUGCAGGAAGGAGGUCCAGAGUAGUUGCUCAUCCAAGACCAAAUCAUGUGCCCGUCUGGGACGGGCCAACAUCUGUCAGGCCUUCAAGAACGACUGCCAGCGCAGGAUGUCCAACUGCAACAGCAAGGGCCUGAGCAUAUUCUACCGCAAAGUGAGUGCGAAUCUCUGCAAAAAUAUGCCCUACGAUAAGAAGCUUCCCUGUGGUAGUGGCAGCAACGCACUAAGCGGCAACUCUGGUGCUAGCAGCAACAACAACAACAAUGGUGGCACGAACAACAGUGGUAGCCAGAUCAGACCUGGCGGCAUAAAAGCCAUUAAGGAAUCUGGCUAA